GAUAGAUUAAAAAAAAACGAAGAAAAAAUGCCGCAAGGGAGGGGGCGUGGUCGUGGAGGCCAUCCCCGGGGGAGAGGAAAUCGGACCCCGAAACGCGUCACGGAGAAGGAGGAACCAGUAGAAGUGAGUUUGGAGACCAACCCCCAGGGUUACUUCACGGGGAGUGUUACUGUUGAGCAGCAUCACAACGGACAAAAUGAAAAUCGAGAGAGAUACGCAGCAACGAUGGCAGUGUUGCAGGAAAAUGGGGUGGAAAUUGCACAAAAUGCUCGCAUUCGAGCGCUGGCGGCAGCCUGGGCAAGGAAAGAUUUCCAGUUGGCAGAAUCCUUCCUGGAAAACCAAGACAACUUUGGUCUGAAUGAGGUUCUGAAAGCACUACAGCUUCUAGAUGCCGGGCGUCAGGCCAGGGUGCUGGAAAAGAAGAUGAAAAUGCUGCAGGUGUCCAAAAACAAAGUCAAAGCCAAAACCAUAGGGAAACUCAAGUCUGACAUAGAUAACUUGAACAAGAUGAAAUCAGCUUAUGGCUCUGCUAGUGGUGCUAUUUGCAAGCACAUCCGAAGAUGGGUGCAGCGUUUCACCUCAAAGGAACUGGAGUUUUAUGCCAUCCAUUUUCCUAAAGACCCAUGGAAGAAACUAGCCGAUAUCUGCCACUUUCACCCACAGAAGGACUUCCCAUCCUUGGAGUGGUUUUUGCCUUACUGCUAUGGACAAGGCCCGCCUCCUGACACCACCGUGGGCCGCAUGGUGACAUUAACCGCUGAUAAUGUCAACGAAAUGUUGGUGGAUUUGUCCAUUCCAUACCUGUCUGUGAAGGCACACAAGGACAAACUGACCAAUGCUUCCAAGGGCCUCAUUGCAGAGCGGGAGGAUAAACUAGACACAAUCCUCUGGUGGUAUGAGGAAUUGGCAUGCUUGGAGGUUGAUGAUGUAAUACAAAGGCGGCUGGAGAAUGGUGACCCUGUGACCUUGCCAAUCGGGAAACUCUUGGAGAGACUGCUAGUCUUCAAACAACUGUUUGACCGGAGUUCUGACGGAGAAUUGCCAAUCUGGAAGCUCUUGAAGAGGCUGCUAGUCUUCAAGCAGCUGUUUGACUGGAGUUCUGACGGAGAACGAAAGGCCAAGUUUUAUGGUGACCUUCUGAAGAUAGCUGAAGAUCGUCUGAAACAGAUCAAACUUCCUUUGGAGUCCCCAGUCCUAGUGAUGGGCGAUGCUUCCUCAUCCAUGUCCGUGGCGGUAAAGACUAGUACCAUCAUCGCGGGAAUUCUGACCGCUGUAACCUCCGCCAAACUCUCCUUCUUUAACACCACAUACAAGGAGCCAAAAAAAGUCCCUACAAAUGUUGAAGAGGUACUGGAGCUAGCUUUGACUACUCGAGCUAACGGGUCUACAGCAAAUGCUGCCAGCUUGUAUCCAUACUACGAGAGAAAAGAAGUCAUGAAGACACUCUUCAUGGUCACUGAUGAAGAAGAGAAUACAAACUUCCAAAACUUCAGAUUCAAGGAGUUGUAUAAGAAGUACUGUGAGGAGGUGUACCCAGCCAAACUGGUAUUUGUGUCGUUUUUGUACAACCAGCACUCGAAAGGUCAAAUGGUCACCAAGUUUCAAGAGGAUGGAAUUGAUGUCAUACAGUUUGUGUUCCAUCGAUCCCAACCAGAUCUGACAAAACUGGACAAGCUGUUUGGUUUGCUGUCAGCAGAGACACAGUCAUUUGAGGAUCAGAUUAAGACAACAGAGGAGGCAAUUAAGGCAGAGGGCGUGGGCAAGGUGUUCAAAGAGCUAUGAUGAAUCGUUCAAAUGAAUCUGUAGAUUCAGAGCAAUGAAUCACAAAUGCAUAUAUUGAAAUCAGAUGAUGGCAAAAUAUACUGUGGGAUAAUAGAGUUUGUUCUUUUGCGCAAUUAUGAAGUAAUUCAUUAUUUAUUUAAAUGUAAAGAUAACUGAAAUGGUAGAAAAAUUGCUAGCUGCUAUUUAAAACCCCAAACCCAAAACUCUCAAAUUUGAUAAAUUUAAAAAAUGUAGAAAUAUUUUGUAGUAUAUACAAAUUCAUUGAAGUAAUAAUUUUCAUUAACCUGUAUAUUUAUUAUUGAUUUGAACAUACAUGUAAGUUUAUAACAUGCUUGCAUUUCUGGGUACCUGUAAGGUGCGAAACGAAACGAAAUCUACCGAAACGAAACGAAAUCUAACGAAACGAAACCUACCGAAACGAAACAGAUUGUAUAACCGAACUCUUUUAAUUAUACAAAGUUUUAAAAGUUGGAAGGGGGUGAGUAAGCACAAAGUACAUAUCCGAAGUUGAUUAAAUACCAUGUGCAAUUAGUUUCGGAUCCAUAAAUUUCAGAACGGAGGGUUGUAAUUUCAGAGGUAUGGGGAAACACACUAAACGAGGGGUGGGGUCGCCGGCGUUGGAUCCGCAUUUGGGUAUAGAUACAUUAUUUGAAGAACCUGGUGUCUGAGAAAGUUGAAAGCAGGAAGAACUCUUAACCCCUUAUUUUAUCUCUAACUGCUGAGGUACGAGUGCUUUCAAUAAUGGAAAAAUAUUCAAUAGUAUACCAUAUUAUAUGAAUGCAAUUCGGUAAGAUAUAUAUACAUAUAUUAUUAAAAAUUAUUAUUGAUACACUGUAUGUAGUUUUUUUUUAUCACAUGACUAUGCCUUUCAUGUUUAACUGUGCAUAAUACUUUAUAUUUGAAUUAUUUUUUUGAUAUUUUAUUUUAUCCGACAUUAUGUUAUUUAUGUAUAUUGUAUUAUAGAUAUUUUUGUAUUGCAUCAGUUAAAUUGUGUGAUUUUUAUGCCCCCGAGAUCGAAGAUCGGGGGGCAUAUUGUUUUUGUCCUGUCUGUCAUUCUGUCUGAAACUUUAACCUUGCUAAUAACUUUUGAAUAAUAAAUGAUAGAGCUUUGAUAUUUCACAUGAGUAUUCCUUGUGACAAGACCUUUUCGUGGGUACCAACAUUUUUGACCCCGUGACCUUGACCUUGGAGUUUGACCUACUUUUUGAAAACUUUAACCUUGCUAAUAACUUUUGAACAGUAAGAGAUAGAGCUUUGAUAUUUCACAUGAGUAUUCCUUGUUGCAAGACCUUUCUGUUGGUAUUGAACCUUUUGACCUUGACAUUUGGCCUACUUUUAAUUUUUUUUUUUUACAUUGAUCAUAACUUCUAAAUGGUAAAUAUUAGAGUUUUCAUAUUGUACAUGAGCAUUUCUUUUGACAAGAUCUUUCUACUGGUACCAAGAUAUUUGCCCUUGUGACCUUGGCUAUCUUCGGAAUUGGCCAUUAUCGGGGGCAUUCGUGUUUCACAAACACACCUUGUUUUUUCUAUUGUGCAAUAUGAAUAUGUGUAGUUGUAAGUUGACUGUGUUAAAUGGGUUUUUUGUUUGUUUUUGUUUUUUUUAGAUUUUUGUCACAUAUAAAAAUAUGACUUUAAUUAGGAAUAUUUUGCUGGAUUAAAAUGAAAGCAAAUUUGAUAAACA